GGGGAGGGGAGGAGCUUAUAAGAGCUGCCAGCUUGGGAUCUGCAAACUCCUGGCUGGGGUCGUUCCGGGAGGGGGAUCCAGAUGCAUGGCCGGGAAGGAAAGAAACGUGGCCGGCGGCGAUUGCGGAUCUUUUCCUGCGCGCAUCUAAUGGGAAGCGGAGUCCAGGCGAAGAAGGGAGCUGCCCCUUUCCUGUUGAGCGCCAGACACUCUCAUGGCCUCGUCUUCAUCUCCUGGAACUUCAGUUCUUUGUAGUGGAGGAUUAGCAGCGGUUGAGCUUCCAACGCAGAAUUUGGUAUCAUUUGAGGAUGUAGCUGUGUUUUUCUCCAUGGAGGAGUGGGCCCUGCUGGAUUCUAAGCAAAAAGCCUUGUACCAGGAGGUCAUGCUGGAAAACAAGAGGAACAUGGCCUCUUUAGGACAAGAUACUGUACCUUUCCAUCAACUCUUGCCUCUUAGGCAAGGAGUGUCUUCCCAAGGAAAGCGACCAAGCUCUACUCCAGCUCAACAUGGAGCAGGUGACGGAUGGGAGGUGGAGGAUUCUGGCCAAGAGGCAGCAGCACUUUUGCCAGAAGACAAAAAAGAAGUUGUAAAAAAGAUGUAUGGAAAGCAAAGUUCUGAGGAAAACCAGUUAAUGGCUGAGCUGAAGAAUUGCUCUAGUUUACCUUGUCCAGAUCCCAAUAUCUUAUUGGACACAGAUGAUUGCCAUGAAAGAGAAGUCUGUUCAAGAUGUAGGAAAACACUCCAAGAUGAAUCUGGAUUAUGUGACUGUUGCCAAAGCCCUGUUGGAGAGAAACAAGAUAAAAGCAGGCAACGCUCCAGAAGGAUUCCUCGUCUUGCUUUACAUCAGAGAAUAGAAGAAGAAAAACUAUACAAAUGUACGGAGUGUGCAGAAAGUUUCAGUACAAGCCUCUCCCUUUCAAUGAAUAAAAAGAUUCAUAAAGCAGAGGAUCCACAUAAACGUCUGGAUUGUGGAAGGACCUUCAGGCAGAAAAGUCACCUUAAUUCACCUAAGAAAGUCCAUGAAGAGAGGAAACAGCAUCAAUGCAUUAAUAGGGGAAACAGCUUCCAAAGCAGCGCCUCCCUUACUUCCCAUCAAAGCAUCCACAGAGAGGAGAGGUUGCAUCAACGCAGGGAGGGUAGAAUGAGGUUUACUCAGAGCAAGGAACCGAAUUCCCGGGAAAAAAGCUUCACUGGGAAUAAAUCAUGUAAAUUCCUAGAAUGUGGGAAGAGCUUCACUGAGAAAAGUCAUUUCAAUUUACAUAAGAGGAUCCACACUGGAGAGAAGCUGUAUAAAUGCACAGUUUGUGGAAAAUACUUCACUAGUUCGAGGUCUCUCACUUGCCAUAAAAGGCUCCACACUGGUGAGAAACCAUAUGAAUGCCACACUUGUGGAAAGAGCUUAAAUACAAAACAUAGCUAUAUCCUACAUAGCAGAACACACACUGGGGAGAAACCAUAUCAGUGCCAGGAGUGUGGAAAACGCUUCAGUGAUUCUGGAGAACUGACGAUCCAUAAAAGGAUUCACACAGGGGAGAAACCCUUUAAGUGCACGGAGUGUGGCAUGAGUUUCAGAAGAAGUGGUUACCUUGGUAUCCACAAGAGGACCCACACUGGAGAGAAACCAUACACAUGUCAUGAGUGUGGAAAAAGCUUUAAUCAUAAUAAUUCACUCAGGAGCCAUAGAAGGAUUCACUCAGGGGAGAAACCCUAUAAAUGCCUGGAGUGUGGAAAAUGUUUUAGAGAGAGUGGCCAGCUUACCUCCCACAUGAGGAUCCACACAGGGGAGAAACCAUUCAAAUGCAUCGACUGUGGAAAGAGUUUCAAAGACGGCAGGAAUCUUACGCUCCAUAAAAGAAUCCACACAGGGGAGAAGCCGUAUCAGUGUGUGGAAUGUGGAAAGAAAUUCAGAACCUGUAGUGACUUUAAUUACCAUAAAAAGACGCACAGCAUGGGCACAUCUGGUUACGCGCCUGGAACAGGAAAGCCUUCGGUAAGAAGCUCCCUUCCUUCCUCCUUCCUUCCCUUCGUUUUUCCCACCUGGCAAUCCUGGAGGAAACUACUUGGCUGGGGUCGUUCCGGGGAGGGGGGAUCCAGGUGCGAGUCCGGCGGCGAUCCUGGGCGCCUCUCUUGGGGAGCGGAGUCCGGGCGAGGAAGAGAGCCGCCUCUUUCCUAUGGAGCGCCAGCAGGUGACGGAUGGGAGAUGGAGGAUUCUGGCCAAGAGGCAGCAGCACCUUUGCCAAAAGACAAAAAAGAAGAUGUAGAAAAGAUGCAUGGAAAGCAAAGUUCUGAGGAAAAGCAGUUAACGGGGGAGCUGGAGAAUUGUUCUGGUUUUCCUCGUCGAGAUCCCAAUGUCUUAUUAGACGGAGAUGAUUGCCGAGAAAAAGAAGUGUGUUCAAGGUGUGGGAAAACACUCCAAGAUGAAUCUGGAUUAUGUGACUGUUGCAAAAGCCCUUCUGGAGAGAAACAAGAUGAAAGCAGGCAACACUCCAGAGGGACCCUUCCUCCUCCUUUACAUGAAAGCAUACAAGAAGGAGGGGAAAUGUACAAAUGUACGGAGUGUGCAGAAAACUUCAGUACAAGCCAUUCCCUUUCAAUGCAUAAAACGAUUCACAGAACAGAGGAUCCACACAAAUGUCUGGAUUGUGGAAGGACCUUCAGGCAGAAAAAUCACCUUAAUUCACAUAAGAGGGUCCACGAAGAGAGGAAGCAGCAUCAAUGCAUCACCUGUGGAAAGACCUUCAGAAACAGCACCUCCCUUACUUCCCAUCAAAGCAUCCACAGGGAGGAGAAGUUGUAUCAACGCAGGGAGGGUAGAACGAGGUUUAUUCAGAGGAAGGAACUGAAUUCCCGGGAAAAAAGUCCCACUGGGAAUAAAUCAUGUAAAUGCCUGGAAUGUGGGAAGAGCUUCCGCUCUGCAACUCACCUCACUUACCAUAAGAGGAUCCACACAGGUGAAAAGCCUUAUAAGUGCACCAAAUGUGGCAAAUGCUUCACUAGUUCGAGGUACCUCACUCGCCACAAAAGACUCCACACUGGGGAGAAACCAUAUGAAUGCCGUACAUGUGGAAAGAGCUUCAAUACAAAAAAUGGCUAUGUUGUACAUAGCAGAACCCACACUGGGGAGAAACCAUAUCAGUGCCAGGAGUGUGGAAAACGCUUCAGGGAUUCUGGAGCACUGACGAUCCAUAAAAGGAUUCACACAGGGGAGAAACCCUAUAAGUGCACCGAGUGUGGCAUGAGUUUCACAAAAAGUAGUAAACUUGGUAAUCACAAGAGGAUCCACACUGGGGAGAAACCAUACACAUGUCACGAGUGCGGAAAUAGCUUUAGUCAAAAUAGUUCACUCAGGUACCAUAGAAGGAUUCACUCAGGGGAGAAACCCUAUAAAUGCCUGGAGUGUGGAAAAUGUUAUAGAGACAGUGGCCAGCUUACCUCCCACAUGACAAUCCACACAGGAGAGAAGCCAUUUAAAUGCAUCGACUGUGGAAAGAGUUUCCGACUCAGUGGUAAUCUUACGCUCCAUAAAAGGACCCACACAGGUGAAAAGCCUUAUAAGUGCACUGAAUGUGGCAAAUGCUUCACUAGUUCGAGGUACCUCACUCGCCACAAAAGACUCCACACUGGGGAGAAACCAUAUGAAUGCCGUACAUGUGGAAAGAGCUUCAAUACAAAAAAUGGCUAUGUUGUACAUAGCAGAACCCACACUGGAGAGAAACCAUAUCAGUGCCAGGAGUGUGAAAAAUGCUUCAGUGUUUCUGGAGCACUGACGAUCCAUAAAAGGAUUCACACAGGGGAGAAACCCUUUAAGUGCAUGGAGUGUGGCAUGAGUUUCAGAAGAAGUGGUUGCCUUGGUAUCCACAAGAGGAUCCACACUGGAGAGAAACCAUACACAUGUUACGAGUGUGGAAAAAGCUUUAAUCAAAAUAAUUCACUCAGGAGCCAUAGAAGGAUUCACUCAGGGGAGAAACCCUAUAAAUGCCUGGAGUGUGGGAAAUGUUAUAGAGAGAGUGGCAGGCUUACCUCCCACAUGAGGAUCCACACAGGAGAGAAACCGUUUAAAUGCGUUGACUGUGGAAAGAGUUUCAAAGACAGCUGGAAGCUUACGCUCCAUAAAAGAAUCCACACAGGGGAGAAGCCGUAUCAGUGUGUGGAGUGUGAAAAGAAAUUCACAACCUCUGAUGGCUUUAAUCGACAUAAGAAGAUGCACAGCAGGAAAAGACGACGCUAAUUGGUUUGUGUUGAUUCUCAAAAUUUGCUUCGUGCCCAGGAGAAUCUGUAAAAACCCCAUAGUGUAUGGAAAAGGGGUUCUAAAGCAGUAGAUGUUUUUUGAUCCAUUAAAAAUAAGAAUUUCUUCAUAUAAUUAGGAAUUAACUCUUGGAUACCAUGUUUUCCCCAAAAUAAGACCCGGUCUUAUGGUUUUUUUGGGCUCCAAAAUAAGCCCUAGGGCUUUUUUUGGGAGGGGGGGAACACAAUUUCAGGCUAAUCAGCCCAGCUGUUCACCUUGUGCCCCCUGGCGCAUGCUGAAGAGGCAGCAAGCGGGACCAGCAUUAUCUGGCAGCUGCUGCAUCCUGCCUGUCCCUUGGUCAGCGCACUCUGCGGCUCAUCUUUGCACAGUGGCACCAGCAGCAGACGGAGGCAUGGGGUGGAAGGCAGGUGGUCCUAACAUGCAGGCAAACUAAGAUACCCGAUAACGAAUUUCCUGUGGCCACUCACGCACUCCAUCCUACCGACAGAAUUAUUUAUUGGCCAAGUGUUAUUGGACAGAAAAGAAUUUGUUUGGAAUUGGGUGCAUCAGCUCUCAAUGUACAUACGUACAACAAAUGAUCAUGUUUUGUGAAUGCGUACAGCAAAGGUAGGUAGGGAUUUGGAAACUAGCACCUCCAGAUGUCUAUGGAGAUUCUCAGUCAUCCAGGUUGCGGUUGUCCCAAAGGUACUUUUUUUCAAAAGGCAACUGCCAGGGUUCCAGAUAACACCCCUGACGAAAGAAGACUCCAAGGCUUGAAGUUCCUCAAAUUUCCAUUUUAUUAGAGAUGUCAUAUUGGCACAUCUGAGAAAACCCAAAUCUGAAAGCUUCCGUUUUCCCCAUCCAAAGGAAAGUCCAAGUCCCUGCCCAGCACCCACAUGUCCAUCACAUGGGUCUAAUCAAAGCACUGUCCCAACUGAAGAUGCCUCCCAGUUCCAGCCCUCCAGGUGCAGGGCACAGUGUCCUUGACUCUCUGAGAAAGGAAUGUUAUCAUGACUAUAUAUCAUCCAUGCUCCAUACAAUCCCCCCUCCCAAUUUACCACAGUAGUAAAUGUGGCAGGCCUGAAGGCUUAGUUUACACAUCUCAGAAAUAGGCUCUUUUUGAUCGGUAAAUUGGACAAUUUAGGGAACCAGCUUUAGAAAAUACAGGCAGCCCUUGGCUUAUGACCACAAUUAAAGCCCAACAUUUCCAUGGUUAAGAAAGACAGUGGUUAAGGGAGUUUUGUUCCAUUUUACAACUCAAAAGGGGGAAGAGGGCAAAGUGGCAUAUGAUUCCUUGGAGAAGGCUCAGGUUCCCCAGAGAACAAAGCCAGAUGCACAGUUUGGCCUCCGACAAUUGGAAGGCCAGAGUCUCAUCAAGGAUGGGGAACCUUGGUCAUUAUUUGAUUUGUGGACUUCAACUCCCAAAAUUCCGGUACAAAGGCUUUGAGAGAGAUUUCCUUGUGUUACUUUUUCUGCAGAAUAAAGUUUUUGCGUACAA